AUGUGCGACGAAAACUCUAAAUGCCCUCCGACUGCGAUCCCUCCAAGUGUCUACAAGGAACUUGCAUCACCAUACCGCGACGAAGAUGAGAUGGAUGACGAAACUAUCUCCGCUCUCAUAAAUGAAUAUCAUCUGAGUCAAGAAGUUGUCCUUCUGAAGCUUGGAGGCUCAGAAGUAACGCUGGACCCGAUACUCGCGCGUCUGCAAUGCAUACUAGACGAAGAAUGCAUACAAAGCCCUACUUUCGCCACGAGAGUUUCCAACUGCAUGAUCAUACCUGUUGCACAAGAAAUACUUGUCACCGAAGUCGGUUACUAUUCGCAUUGCAGAAUUUAUUUCCCCGCUAGUAAGGCUAAGUAUAAUCUGUUUGUACGGCGAGGGCACCUGCAAGACGCUUCUGAGCUAGAGUUAUACGAAGAAGAAAGCUACAACGUGUACGAAGAGUAUCUUUAUCCAGGCUCACAGUGCUACUGGGUAUCUGCUAGGCAGUGGAUAAGAGACCUUUACAGUGGACAUGCCGUCAGACAGACGGAGCUAGAAGUAUUUCAAAACAGCACCGGACUGCCUUUCCGGUUCAUGGAUCUGCCAGUGGAGCUGCGAUUGCUAGUAUACGAACUUGUAGUCGGGAAGCAGAUUUGGCCGCAUCUUGCUAACCGCCGAUCUGAUCCGGCAAUCUGUAAUCACGAAGACCACGGCCACCACGGGGCUAGCCGAAUCAUCUUUGACGAGACUAAAGACUACUCCAAAGGACUCUUCGAUGCUAUACACCCAAUAGCCUUUGCUACGUACCGGAGGGAGGUCAAUCCCGUCGGUGUCUGCGCCCCGCCAGAGGACUCGCACGCCGGGAUUGGUGCGACACGGGCGGACGAGAUAUCAGCAACCAGCUUGAUGCUUGUCAACCACAAGGUCCGUAACGAAGUCGCAGUCGUCGUCUGGGGUAUGUCGACUAAGCGCUUCAGUCUACUCUACGUCCUCAACGACGUCGUUUUAUACUACAAGACCUACUGCACACAACAGGAACAAGUAUGUCCGGCGUUCACUCCCCAAGGCUACUCCCUCCUAAGUUACAUAUCACUCAGUCUCACCAACGACGAGUACCUCGGAUUCGUCGGCUACGACACUUGUCACCAUUCCGAUGGAGCUAUCAAAAGCAAGGCAUCAUACACGAAUCAAGAUUGUCUAAAGCAACUAACAACUAUUACCACUCUGCGCCACCUAAACCUCCAAUUCCAGGUCCUGAAACCAGAACACUACACCAUCUCGAGAAAAGUCUCCUGGGACCCAUGGGGUCUUCAAGACCCCGAACGGAGAAUCUCGUGCCAGAAGAAACUCGUUGAUAUCGUAUCAACACUUGGCUACGAGCUGUUGCAACGGAUCAAGAAAGUCACGAUUUCAGGACACGUUAAGAAGUCGAACCAUGUGAAAUGGGAUCCGCUCUUGCGGGAUAGGGAGUUGGAGAGUGCGCCUCGUGAGAGGUGUGAUAUGGAAGGUGAGGUGGCGAAGAUUCUGGCAAUACCCGCGGCGGAAUUGUGA